AUGUUUCUUAAAACCCUUGCUAAACCCGCCACAGUGAAUAACUUGAGCAAGGUUGCCACUCGUGCAUUCGCUUCCAGUACCACUAUUCCUACACCUACCGCUCUUGACCAAAAAUCUGUGAGUCCUAAAAAAUAUGGUGGAAAAUAUACUGUCACUUUGAUUCCAGGUGACGGUAUUGGCCCUGAACUUGCCAUGUCUGUCAAAGAUGUCUUCAAAGCCGCCAAUGUCCCUGUUGAAUUCGAACAAUACGACGUUUCUGGUUUGACCGACGAAAACGAUCAAUUGUUCAAAGAAUCGAUUGAAUCACUUCGCCGUAACAAAGUUGGUAUCAAAGGUACACUCUACACUCCCACUUCCAAGUUGGGCCACAAGUCCUUCAAUGUCAUGAUGCGUAAGGACUUGGACAUGUACGCUUCCUUAUCUCUUUGUAAGAAUGUUCCUGGUGUCAAAUCUCGUUUAAGUGAUGUCGAUAUUGCUAUCAUUCGUGAAAAUACGGAAGGUGAAUAUUCAGGCUUGGAACAUCAGUCCGUUCCUGGUGUUGUUGAAUCACUUAAAAUCAUCACCCGUGCAAAGACUGAACGUAUUGCUCGUUUUGCCUUUGACUUUGCUAUUAAGAAUAACCGUAAGAAGGUCACCAUUAUUCACAAGGCCAAUAUCAUGAAAUUGGCUGAUGGUCUCUUCUUACGUACUUGUCGUGAUGUUGCAAAGGAAUAUGAACAUCAUGAUAUUCAAGUAAAUGAUAUGAUUGUUGAUAAUACUGCUAUGCAACUUGUUUCUCGUCCUCAACAAUUUGAUGUGAUGGUCAUGCCUAACUUGUACGGUAACAUUGUUUCUAAUGUUGGCGCUGGUUUGAUUGGUAGCCCUGGAUUGAUUCCCGGUUGUAAUAUUGGUCGUGAAUAUGCCAUGUUUGAACCUGGUUGUCGUCAUGUUGGUCUCGAUAUUCAAAACCAAAAUAGUGCUAACCCUACAGCUAUGCUCUUAUCUUCCGUCAUGAUGUUAAGACAUUUGAACUUGGAUGACUAUGCCAACAGAAUUUCCUCGGCUGUUUACGAGACCAUUGGCUCCAACGUCGCUAGAACUGUCGAUAUUGGCGGUACUAGCACUCUUAGAGAAUUUACUGAUGCUGUCAUCUCUAAAUUGUAA